CGGUGUGACUUCACACGGAGGCUGGAGGAGCACGCCGCCGCUGCGCGCAGCUCUCUGACCGCCUCCUCUCGUUCUCUCAGCGGGCUGACAGGCAGCAGAAAGCCGGAGGGAUGGAGCCAGCGGGCGCGUAUGGCGCCGGGAAGGCCGGGAGCUUCACCUUCGAUCCGGUCGCCUUUUUCACUCAUCCCCGGACCAUCCUCAGACUGAUGUCGUGGGUUUUCUCCAUGGUGGUGUUCAGCUGCAUCGUGAACGAAGGCUACAUCAACAUAGGCAGCGAGCGUUUGCUCUGCGUCUUCAACAACAACGCUGAUGCCUGUAACUACGGUGUCACUGUGGGCGUGACCUGUUUCCUCGGCAGCAUCUGUUUCCUGAUCCUGGACAUUUACUUUCCCUCCAUCAGCAGCGUCAGGGACAGAAGACGGGCUGUCCUGCUGGACCUCGUCUUCUCUGGUCUUGCCAGCUUCCUGUGGUUCGUUGGCUUCUGUUUUCUGGCCAAUCAGUGGCAGGCUACCUCUCCAGACGAGCUACCAUUGGCCCAGGGCUCCGACGCCGCCCGAGCCGCCAUCACUUUCUGCUUCUUCUCCAUCCUUACAUGGAGUUAUCAGUUGCUGUUGGCAAUGAACAGAUUUAAGAGCAUUUCCUUCAUGGAGGACAAGCAGAGGCUCCUGCCUAGGACCCCUCCCACCCUCUCUCUAGUCUAACACACACACACACACACACACACACACACACACACACACACACACACACACUCACACUCACACACACACACACACUCUGAGUCCCAGCUGUAUAUUACUGGUUGAUUAUGGGCAUGUCUGAAAGUUUGGUCAGGUUUCAUUCAGUGAUGAGAUUCAGAGUAGAUUUGGGUGAUAUGGUUGAAGUUGAUAUGAAAAUAUAUAGUACAAUAUUUUUCCAAUAUAUAUAUAUGAUGCUCAAUGCAAUGAGCUGUGACCUACUGUUUUUCAUCAGACAAAGCUAAAAACCCCCCAGCAAAAACCAAUUAUGUUAGUUUUUAAUUACAGUUUGCUUUGAAUCGUUAAUUUGGUCAAGAGAUUUUAGAAAAAUUAGUAUGAUCGUAUCAUCAUGAUAUAAUUCCACUGAAAGACAACAAGCAAUAAUAACUAAUCAUUUCCAAGCUUUCCGAGUCCGAGUUUUCACUUCUCAUAGAUUUGUUUGUGGUUAAUCUGUCUUUACUUACUAUAAUCGAUACUAUAAUGAAUUUGUGGGGCGGUGGUGGCCUAAAGGGUAGAGUUCGUUCUACUGACCAGCAGGAUAAAUCUCGGUGAGGAAAGUAAAGAGCAGUGCUUGCACGUCCUUCAGUACAACCACUAAGGUGCCCUUGAGCAAGGCCCUUAACCCCCAACUGCUCCAGUUGAGCUGCUCGGUGGCUGACAGGUCAGACUGUGGAUUUACUUUCCAGGUGUGAAUGUGUGUAAAUGUGGGGAUGUGAACAGGGUGUUCCUGAAAAAGAGCUGCUCUCAGUGAGACUUCUGUGGUUGAAUAAUAGAUAACUUUUUUUUUUGCAAUGCCAGAAAACAUUGCUGGUGAGACAGAAACCGAUUUAUUAUCCACUGAUAACUCAAUGGAGCCAGUUAAAACAAUCUUACCACCAAACCUAUAGCCAUUCAUCUCACUGUCAGAGGAUGUGGAGAGGUUAAGCUGUAAUUAUAUCAAAAAAGUACAAUUACAAAGGAUCUUUUUUUUAGUCUGUCAAGUCAUUUUUCCCCCCAACAGUCCUGUGAUAAAUUCUUCCAAUAUUCUUCUGUAGAGGAUUUGUAGCAUGUGACAGAGAACGAAAUCAAUGUUCCUUUGACUUUGGCUACUCUUUGGGGAAGUCUACUGAUUUUACACAUUAAAGUUGGUUUUAAAGUUGUAUAAUAUCUCCUGGCUUUCUAAUGUCUGAGAAAAUAACCUGAGUGAUGUCAUUAGGGUUGGGUUGAGAGAGUGAGACUAACUUUUAACAACAUAUCUGCCUUGAUGAAGAUGAGGGGAUUUACCAA